AGUCAUAUAAUUACUUGUUUCGAUAAAACUGUAGAACUCAAGUACAUCGUGUGUUUGAUAAUGAUGUUGAUAUAUUUAUUUAUCCUCGAUUUCUAAAGAUAUCAAUUUUGGUAGAUUCAACGACACUUGAUCACGUCGAGUCUAUUUUAUAUUAGUAACAGAUUCAUUUUCGUGAGGUUUGAAAUUUUGGUAUUGUGCAGCGAAUAUCAUGAAGUUGUUAAUAUUACUUUUUUCAACAUUUAGUGCAGUGAACUGUGCGAGAAUCCUGGGAUUCUUCAGCUUUCCCUCAAUAAGCCAUCAGUUUGUUUUUCGUUCAAUUAUGAAAGAAAUGUCUUUACAUGGACAUGAUGUGACAUUUAUAACACCGAAUCCUUUGAAUGAUCCGUCUUUGGUCAACUUGACAGAGAUUGAUGUCAGUAAUGCCUACGAGUUGUUCCGCAAAUAUGAUUUUUCAAAUUUUGGCAGAUCUUCACUCAGUAUCUUUGCAAUAACCGAUAUGAUGAAUUCAUUCAGCGAGGAAGUAAUAGCAGUUGAAAUGGGUCAAAAAAGUGUUCAAGAACUUCUACAAAAACCAUCCGACACAUUUGAUUUGAUCAUGAUAGAACCUCACUUUUCAUUUUUCUUCGGUUUGAAAAAAAAAUUUGACGCUCCCAUUAUAGCAGUCUCAUCCAUGAACGUUUAUUCGUAUUACCACCAUCUGACGGGAAAUCCAACUCACCCCGUUUUAUAUCCAGACGUAUUUUCAGAGAAACUCGGACGACAGAGUAGCUUGAUCGAAAAACUUGAUAGUACAUUUGUCACUUUGAUGUGGAUACUGUUGAGUGAAUUAUUAAUGUUUCCGAGGUCAGAUCAAUUGGCAGAUAAAUAUUUCGGUGAAGGCGGGCCAACAAUUAAGGAAAUAAUCAAGGACACGAGUUUAUGGAUGCUUAACGUCAACCCGAUUUUUUCAGAUGGGAAACCGAAUGUUCCCAAUGUCAUAGAAUAUUUCAAUAUCCAUAUGAAGAGAAACGAAUCUUAUCCAAAGGAUCUCCAACAAAUCUUAGACAAUGCAAAGGAAGGCGUAGUAUAUUUCAGUCUGGGAACAAACGUCAGAUUCGAUCAUGUUCAAGGAGACGUGAAAAAAACAAUAAUUGAAGCUCUUGGUGAUCUACCAUACACUGUGAUUUGUAAAUGGGAAUCUGAGAAACUUGAAGGCCAGCCAAAGAAUGUGCACUUGAGAAAAUGGCUUCCGCAGCAAGCCAUCUUAGCGCACCCUCAUGUGAAAGUGUUCGUUACUCAAGGAGGACUCCAAUCUUCUGAAGAAGCAAUCAUCAAUGGAGUUCCCCUAGUCGUCAUCCCAUUCCUAGGAGAUCAACCACUAAAUGCACAAAUUCUAACCUCAAAGGGAAUGGCAGAAACGAUCUUGCCGAAACAUUUACACCGAAAAAUCCUAACAGAGACAAUUAUGAAGGUUGCGAACGAAGAAAAGUCUUUUGCUGUACUAUUUUCCAGAUAUCGGAAUAAGGCGAAAGAACUACGUGAUAUAUUCUUGGAUCAACCACAAUCUGGAAUAGAUAAAGUAAUCUGGUGGUGUGAGUACGUAAUCAGACAUAAAGGAGCUAAGCAUUUGAGGAGCCCAGCUGCAGAUCUGCCACUUUACGAAUAUUUCAUGCUAGAUGUUCUCGCAGUAGUACUCAUUGCCUUAUAUUUAGUAUUCAAGGUAUCGAAGACAAUAAUCAGAAUUUUAAUGGUGUUCCUGAGGACUACUCUUCUAACGACCUCUAAAAAGAAGAAAAAAAAUUGAACGAUCUGAUUCACCAAGUUUUCUGAUAUCAGAUGGUUAUUUGAUUAUUGAAUAUCAAGAUAUGAUGAGUUAUAUUUCAUAAUGAAAAAAAUCGUCAUCGUUUGAAUGAAUUAUAUGGUCGUUGGAAUUAAGAAUUUCUUUGUAAAUAGGAAUUUUAAAAUGUGUAGAAAAAUAUUGAAUUCCAUUGUUAUACAAUAGAAUAUAUUUUAAAUGA